UUCCAUACAUUUAUAUUGCAGACCUUUUCAGAGGCAAUUAGAUUUAAUGUGGAUUAUGGAGUUUUUGAAGUAGUUAAUGAUGCUCCACAACUUCUGGAAAAGCAGUUGAAAAAAAUUCUACAAAACCAGCAACCUCGAAAUCCCAUCUAUGAUGUUGUAAGGAGAGGAAAGAAUGAUGUUAAACCUGUUCAAAUGAAAGCCCCCUAUGAAGAUGACACCAUUAAUGUCAACUACAAUAUUAUGUGUCUCAAUCGUGAACAAGGUAUUAAGUGGAUCAAAAAAGAAAGACUUCCAGCAUUUCUGGAAAGUGAUUGUUACUUUGAAUACAGGUUAGCCAAAUUGGUGUCACAAGUAAGAUGGAGCAAGUCAGGUGUGAAUUUCACAAUAGGUACACAUUUUUCUCCCUGGGCCCUGAGAAAAACACCCAGUCUACCACCUUCUGCCACUGAAGAAGACAACCUUAUAAUUAUGAAAAAGUUCUACAUUUCUCUUGGUGAGGCCUCCUAUACUCAAACAAAAGAUUGGUUUGCACUAGCAAAACAAAGUGAGCAGACAGUAUCAACCUUUUCAUUACCCUGUUGUGUAUCCCACAACAAAAUUGAAUUACCAGUUGUUUCAUCUGUUUCUGAGAGUUCUCUCUUUGAUGAUGGAGUUCACCCCAGGACAAAAAAGGACCCAUCUAAAACCACCAAAUUAAUUUCUGAAUUUGAAGAAGAAGGAUCUAUAUCUCUACAAGAUACUCCUUCUCAAGCUCUUCUGAGAAUAUACCUUGAAAAGCAACAGGAUGUUGUUGACAAAAGCCUUACGUUGCAUUUCUCAACAUGUGAAGAAUUUUUAAACGUCUAUGUAAGCUUUAUUUUUAGAGCAGCAAUUCAGCAAAUUACUGGAGAGCAAUCUGGAGAAAACCCAGACUAUAUAAACUUCAACAAUGUAACUCAAGUGUCAUUUGAUCAUUGUUUUGAAUCUCUCUCUGACGAGGAUUCUUUAAGUGAACCAAUUCAAACCACAAAGGAAAAGUCAGAAAAGAUAUUAGAAAAAAUGAGUUUAAGUUCAAAGAGUGAGAGCAUUGGACCAGAGAGUAGGGCUGACUGGUGUAUUUCUCACAGAACUUAUGAUAUUGGCAAUAGAAAGGAGUUUGAAAGAUUUAAGAAAUUUAUAAAAGGUACAUUAGGAGAGAGAUACUGGUGGCUAUGGAUGGAUAUUGAGAGGUUAAAAGUUCUUAAAGACCCUGGACGACAUCAAAGACAUCUUGAGAAGAUGAAAAAAUGCUAUCUAGUGAGCAGUGGAGAUUGCUACCUUUCUGCAGAAAUCUUAUCAAAAUUUAAACUGUUAGAUGGAUCUCAGUGGACUGAAGAACAUUUAAAAAAUAUUCAAUCUGAGGUUGUAAAACCUUUACUUCUGUAUUGGGCCCCAAGAUUCUGUGUUACUCAUUCAGCCUCAACAAAAUAUGCUAGUGCUGAACUGAAAUUCUGGCACCUCCGCCAAGAGAUACCAAGGAAGGAUAUUGAUCCUUUUCCACAAAUGGCAACCCUGUUGCCAUUAAGACCAAAAUCUUGCCUUCCACAGAUCUCUGAGAUCCAGAAAGAGGAAUUCAGUUUAUUACAACCUCCUAAAUCUCCCAAGAAAUCACGUAGAGUAAAAACAGCAAUGCACAAAUCUUGGAAGAGUGAAACUUUGUAUCCAGUUUCUUCUGAGAAUGAUGUUAUUGAGAAGGGGUCGAAGCAGAUGUCAGAAAGCAGCAAAGUUAUUCGUUUAACAUCUUUUACUGAUAUUUCUGAAUGUCUGAAGCCCCAGCUUGAUAGAAAAUACAUGUAUACAGAAGAAUCUAAGGUUAAAACCUCAUUAGAUGUUGGUGCCUUGGGAGGAUUUGACAUGGAAAAUUUGUUGCAGUGUUUGUAUGUAGAAAAUAGGACUGGAUUCUUCUUUACUAAAUUCUGCGAACAUUCUGGGAACGAGUUGUGGAAAAACAGUGUGUACUUUUGGUUUGACCUACAGGCUUAUCAUCAGCUUUUCUACCAAGAAACACUUCAGCCUUUUAAAGUAUGCAAGCAAGCACAAUAUCUUUUCGCCACAUACAUUGCUCCUUCGGCCACUCUUGACAUUGCACUCCAACAGGAAAAGAAAAAAGAAAUUUAUAUGCAAAUACACCCACCAUUUGAAGACCUUUUUGACACAGCAGAAGAAUAUAUACUUCUGGUCCUUCUUGAGCCCUGGACAAAGAUGGUAAAAUCAGACCAACUUGCUUAUAGAAAGGUGGAGCUGGUGGAAGAAACUCGACAGCUAGACUCUGCAUACUUCAGAAAGCUACAGGCUUUGCAUAAAGAGACAUUUUCUGAGAAAGCUGAAGACACUACUUCUGAAAUUGGAACUGGUAUUUUAUCACUCUCUGGCAUCUGUAAACAAACAGAAUAUUGGAAUAAUGUUCCUGAAGAAUACAGGCAUUUUAAUUUUAAUGAUCUGCUUAACAACAAACUGGAGUUUGAACAUUUCCGUCAGUUUCUUGAGGCUCAUUCUUCAAGCAUGGACCUUAUGUGCUGGACAGACAUUGAACAGUUCCGAAGAAUAAUUUACAAAGAUCAAAAUCAAAGGGAGGCAAAAUCUAUAUACAUUAAAAAUAAAUACCUUAAUAAAAAAUAUUUCUUUGGACCCAACAGUCCAGCUUCCCCUUAUCAGCAGGACCAGAUAAUGCAUUUAAGUGGUGGCUGGGGGAAGAUUCUCCAUGAGCAACUUGAUGCACCUGUUCUAAUUGAAAUUCAGAAGCAUGUCCUAAAUAGGCUAGAAAAUGUGUGGUUGCCAUUGUUUCUUGCAAGUGAACAGUUUGCAGCACGUCAAAAGAUAAAGGUACAAAUGAAAGACAUAGCAGAAGAGCUGUUACUACAGAAGCAUGAAAGGAAAAUCGGGGUCUGGAAGCCUGUGGAGAGUAAGUGGAUAUCUUCAUCUUGUGAAAUCAUUGCUUUUCGUAAAGCGUUAUUGAAUUCAGUUACUGCAAGACAAUUUCAACGUUUCGUGGCUCUAAAAGGAGAUUUAUUGGAAAAUGGGGUUCUUUUUUGGCAAGAAGUACAAAAAUAUAAGGACUUGUGCCAUUCUCAUUGUGAUGAGUCUGUCAUCCAGAAGAAGAUCAUGACUAUUAUCAACUGCUUUAUUAAUUCCAAUAUUCCACCAGCUUUACAAAUUGACAUUCCAGUAGAGCAAGCCCAGAAGAUUAUUGAACACAGGAAGGUGUUAGGACCAUAUGUAUUUAGAGAGGCACAGAUGACAAUUUUUGGGGUUCUGUUUAAAUUUUGGCCUCAGUUUUGUGAGUUUAGGAAGAACUUAACUGAUGAAAAAAUUAUGAGUGUUUCAGAGAGAAGACAAGAAUAUAAUAAGCAGAAAAAAAAAGUGGCAGUCAUAGAAGAUGAAAAAUUUGGAAAGGAUGGAAUCAAACAAUAUGCAAGUGCUUCAGGCUCUGCUACCAAAACAGCUCCUUUAGUCAGUGAUUCCUUCCUAGGCCUGCAGGCAUACGCCCGACAGCCAACUUGGUGCUACUCAAAGUACAUAGAAGCCUUAGAACAGGAAAGAAUUCUUCUUAAAAUCCAAGAAGAAAUGGAAAGAAAGUUGUUUACAGGCAUACCAUCUCUCACAAAUUUUAAGCCUACUCCUUCAGCUAUGACAUUGAAAAAGACUAUGUCUUCCCACACCAGCCAGAGUAGCCAAGCCCUUUUUUCCAAGGUCACACAAGGAGGAAGCUGUCCAAUCAGGGGAACUUCCGCUGUGAAGGGCAGGAGGCGUGCCAGGAGCCUUUUGAACUCCCUCGGCUACCGUCGCCGGUCCCUUCUGCGCACUUUUUUUUUGCGCCUGCGCGCGGCUGAAGCGCAGUUCGUUUCUCUUUCAGCCAGGAAGGGCGUUGGUAUUGAGGUGAGUCGUGGUCAGACUUGUGUCCCCCGUCCUGGUUCCCAGUACUGCCGCCUCCGGCUUUCUUGUCUGCCUCGGAGUUGA